AUGUUCGCUGCGCAAACGCAAAGACCUUGGGCUCGCCAUUACCAUUCGUCGGCUUUUUGGGAUUUCAAUUCGAAUGCGAAGGGGGGAUCGCGGCUUGCAUUCCCAUCAAAACACAUCGUCUCCAACGGCCUCCAAAGGAAGCGGGAGAAAAGGACGUUGAUGUGCGCGAAACCCGACAAACAAUGCCCAGUUACCCUGCGGUUUUUCCUCUCGCUCUCCCUUCUCAUCUCUUCCAUUGAUGACCCGAGUCAUGAGGUUAGCGAUGAUUGA